GCCCGAUAGGUUCAAAACUGCUGAGCCUCAUUCGCGCCUCAUAUGCUCUCUCACUUAUAUAGAUCGUUCGCUAUUUGGGUUUCUCCUACGUUUCCACGCAAAGUCAUGGCCGCCAAAGAUCUCGUCGAGAACACUAUUGCCAGCAACAAGAUUGCGAUCUUCUCCAAGUCGUACUGCCCUUAUUGCAAACGCGCAAAGGCUCUCCUUACGAGCGAGUUCCCCGAGGAGACGACUGAGAUCCUUGAGUUGGACGAGCGGGGCGACGGUAGCGAGAUCCAAGAUUAUUUGCUGCAGAAGACCGGUCAGCGCACUGUUCCCAACAUUUUCAUUAACCAGAAGCACAUCGGCGGCUGCGACUCUGUUGUUGGUCUGAAGGAGCAGGGCAAGCUGACUGUCCUCGUCAAGGCGUGAGCCGUAGACUUCGUAGCCUUCCACCUGGGUCCUUAUUUAUUAUGAUGCAGUGAUACCACCUCACGCCUGUAAUACCUCCUGUAGAUAAACAGCUUUUGUCGCCCGAAUUGGGGAACCUGUAUGUUUGAAUCCUUUGAACAUCGAGCAUAUAAUCUUAAAUCAACGUUGUGGUUUUCACGAUAACAGGCGAAUGCUUGGAGCAGUGCAGUCCAAGUACAUGGGUAACCAUAUCGUUUGACAUGGGAGUCCGAGGACGGUGGAAAAGCGGGGACUAAUUUCCCGGCAUAUUCGUUUUCAUUCAACAACGCUUCCAUGGCGAGAUCUCAUUAGUUCGACACGCUAGUGGCAUCUCGAGACCCGGGCAGAUGAAAGGGAAGACGGAGAAAGAUGGGCGAUCAGUGACUAUCCGCACCUAGAUUUGGCUUCGAGGCAUUUGCGGAGUGAAGCACUCCCACUAAAAAGAAGAGAACAACCUAGGGUCUGUCAUAUAUUGACACAUCUGACCAUUCUAUGAUUGCUUCUCGGAGGGUAUAGCAUUCCGGAUGCUUACAUACAGGCACUUGGCCAUGACACAGUGUCGGGAAAAAAAGGUAUAAAACCUCUUGAUAGUCAAGGUAGGAACCCCAGUAGAACAACCCACCAGUUCGUUCAACUUACUUCUU